AUGGCUGCACGAUCGUUGACUCUCCUCGCCAGCUUGCUUGCUGUCGUCUCGGCCGCACCACCACCACCGUGCAAGGCGCCUACCUACGCUCUCCCCUUGACCGGUACUGGUACCGAACUCCCUCCUGUUAGCCCUGGCUUGGCCCUUUUGAAAAUCGCCGUUGGCCACGGCAUCCAGAAUUACACCUGCGCUUCCAACAGUGCGGCAACCGUCGCCACCGGUGCCCUGGCUACCCUCUACGAUGUCACCAACCUGUACCCCGGCACCGCAGUGACUGGUCUUCACCCUGAUGCCUUCAACGCCAUCUCCAACACCGUCCUCUGGGGCCAGGAUCUUCCCCUGAACCUGCAGAACGCCGCGGCCUCCAGCCCGGGCACCCCUUCAACCCCCAACGUUCUCGGCGAGGCUGACUACGGCGCCGUCAUCGCUGAUCCCUUCUUGGCCGCCGCUGCCCUCCCGCUGCCUGGUGUCCUGCCCAAAUCUGUUCCGUUCCUGGGUCAUCACUACUUUGACUCCAACGGUGUACCCAUCUUCAACCUGGUCGCCGCCAACCUCUACGGCAGCAUGACCAAGACUGGCAACGUCAAGGCGCCCUCGACUGCAGGCACCGGCAUCCUGUCCACGGGCGCCGUCGACUGGCUCCAGCUGUCUGCCAGUUCCAACGCUGCCUCCAACAGCAUCAAGCAGGUAUACCGCGUCAUCACUGUCGGUGGUGCCUCGCAUACCUGCGACAUUCUCAACGCUGCUGGUGGCAGUGUCCCCUACACUGCUUUCUACUGGUUCUUCGGUUAA